AUGGAUGCACUUUCAUGCAUACUCACAUACAUACAACUAUGUCUAUACGGUAUUGCAUAUUACUUUACAGUCCUACUUCUAUCCCAUAACCGUCCCACCAUUUACCUUGAUAAUUUUAAUGUUGUUUCCAAUUCGUUGACAAACAACGCCACAAUCUAUUUGGACCUGAGAAUCGAGAAUGAAAACUCGUUGAUAGGCAUUUACUACGAGGAUCCUCUAAAUCUCACCAUCACUUAUUUGCCACCAACAAAAUCAUCAGGCAGCAAUGUUACUAUCGGACAAUGUGUCAUUCGAGGCUUUUAUCAAGGGAGCGAGGAGGUUAAACAAAUCCAACUUUCAGUCGUGGUUCAAGACUUGUUUUCAACUACUGAACAACGAAGGAGACUGGGUUCAGCUAAAGUGAUCGAUUUCGUAGUUGAUUUGGAGGCGAAUAUAAAGUUCAUGUUAUUUGAGAACACAAAGUCGCAUCUGAUGAUCCGAUCUGGUGUGGAGGUUAACGACAACACUGGGACAUCUGUGUUAAAGACUAUUCAAAUGAAGUAUGCUUCUGGGUCGAAUAAGUGGGGAGUUGUGAAAUGGCUAAUGACAGUUCCUUUGUCUCUUCUGUUCCAUUUUGUUUUUUAUUGCGCUUGUUGGUUAGCUUUCAGAUUUUUUUCAUUUGUUUUUUUGUGUCCGUCUAAUUAA